GUGGUGCACACACCUCGAUGCGCCAUAUGCGAGUGCAAGUUAUAAAAAUAACAAGGAAAAACAACAUUAAGGACAUUUACAGUUUUCUCGCUUAAAUAAUAUAACUUUGAGAGUAAUGCAGUUCGAUGGUGGACUGACUAGAUUUUGCCAAACAAAGGGUGUUGGUUCGUUGUUGACCUUGCGUUAAUUUUAAGACCUUCCGACGUGAAUUAGCUCGACAAAAUAUGUAAUCAAUCAUUAGUGAAAAAGUCUUCACUUAUUUGAACGCACACCAUCUUGGUGGAGAAUGUCACUGUGGUUGACACAAGUCGUCGUGAGGUGUUCUCUACGCUCCUGCAUCUAUUCGGUCAAAUAUUGCAGCGCCACAGUAGCAGGCAAGAACUCAUGUUCCUCCGAACAACAAUUAUCACACAUUUAUGGCACGAGGCAAAUCCAUUCGUGGCGGGCUACUAGUUUCAAGAGUCCCGUGAGGUUCUAUUCGCUGGAUGCCAGUUUGGAACCAGAGAACACUAAGGUUGUCUCUCCCUCUGUGGAGGGGUCUUUGGUUCUGGAUGAGAUCCAGCAUCCCACCGGCCAGAGACAGGGAAGGUCCAUUUUCUUUAAACUCCUGCAGCACUGCGGCUCCCCAUCAGAUGUGCUUGACCUCAGCCAAAAAUAUGCGGCUACCCCUCGUCAAAUCAGCAACUGCUUUACAUAUAUGUGGUCCAGCAUCAAGAAGAUGUCAGAUGAGCAGCGGCGCUGUGAGAUGCAGCUGAUGUUUGAGCAUGCUGCAUUUGAUCAACUGCUGGAAAACGCCAUGACCAAUGUGGGCUCCAUGCAAAAUGAAGACUUGGCUUACUCUCUUCUGGCUAUGGUGAGUUUAGGUGUGCCCCAAAGGAGCCGCGUGGUCCAGCUGUAUCUCCGUGCCUGCCAGGAGAGGUUGAAUGGCUUUGAUGAGAAGAGUUUGUCCAUCUUAGCCUCCUGUCUGGAAAAUAUGGAGAGCACCCCCAAUGUUGUUGCACUGAAACAGGGUUUGAGGUUGGUAGUUGAAGCGCUCCUUCCCAGGAUAAAGAAUAUCGUGGCGCUCCAAACUGUGAUGCGUCUCUUGGGUAAAGAUAUGCCGCUAGACCUCAAACGGAAACUUGAGCGGAAGGCUUUCUCAAUGACGGAGCAGUUCACCCUUCCCAAUACACAAUACAUGAUCUCCACCAUGGCCAAAAUGGGCUUCUAUUCCAAACCACUGCUGGAUAUCUGCAGUCAGAGAAUUACAGAAAAUCUUCACGGAGUCCCGUUUAACCGACUGUUAAAAGUGCUGCUUUCGUGCCGGGAGCUUCACUACAGAGAUUUGACCCUGCUCACUGGCAUCUCCGACUACAUUGCCUCCACAAUCGACAUAUGGAGCCGAAAGGAGGUUGUCCUCUUCCUGUCGGUGUUUGAGAACCUUGCCUUUUGUCCCGCCUCGUUGAUGGCAGCGUUUGCCCAAAGAGUCAUCGCCAACCCAGACACUCUGACGCUUAAAGACCUUCUGUGUGUCCUCAAGGUGUACUCGUCCCUCAACUAUAGCUUGCAGCUCGACAGAGAGCAGUUUCUGCAGAGCCUCAGCAAGACUCUGGACUUUUACCUGCACAGGAUGUCAAGUUCCCAACUGUUAAAGGCUUGUUAUUGUCUCUGCCUUCUUGGCCACUUCCCAUUCGCACCUCUGGAGAAACUCCUACAGGGUGCCAACUUGGAGGUGCUGAGGAGAGAAGCAGUGACGUACGUCAAGAAACAGGAGCAAAUGUUUCAAACGCUCCACCUGUGCCUCCAUCUUGACCAGCCUGUCCUCCCAAAGCCACUAAGUGUUCCUGCAACUAUGCUGGGAGAAGGAACAUCCAGCGCUCCGUCGGUCAAUCCGAGUCUCUCGCAGCUCCUGCGAAAUUUCUUGGCUGACCAAGCUGAUUUACUGCUACAAGAAAUGGUGACGGUGGAGAACAUCUACUUCGUAGAUGCCGUGGUUAGCAAACCCGUGGCAAAGCAAACCUUAAGUGAAGAAACGCAACCCCAAAGAAUGGCAGUUCUUUGUCCGGCUUCUUCUGCUUUCUGCUUCGGUACUUCUCAACCCCGAGGUCCGCUGGCUGUCAAGCUUCGCCAUCUUAAGCUUUUAGGCUAUAUUCCAAUUACGAUAACAGAACAAGUGCUGAAGUCUGAAGAGAAGGCAACACAACUCCUAACACAAGAACUCUUUCCGGAAAGGACAAUCAGCACCUCAUGAUCUGUCCCGUCAUCACAGAGGGUUGAAUGUUUGAAACCUCAAACCAGAAGACCUGCAUGAGCGCAUUUGUACAAAGCCCAAUUCCAGUGAAGAAUGGAGAAAAUACACCAAAACAGACCCUAGAAAUUGUACGUCAAUCAAGAAUGAAAUGACCAAGCUGUUCCCAAAUGCUUAUAGAGUAUCGUUAAAAGGAAAGGUGAUGUAACACAGUGACUCCUGCCCCAGCUUUUUUUUGUUUUUUUGGGAAAGUCACUUGCUAAGGGAAGGGUUAUCAGGAUUCUGACCUUUGCAACUUUACACAUUGCAUGAGAUAGAUGAAUAAGUAAAAGUUCACAUUUCACUUUAGUACUGGUAGCCGAAACACGCAAAGGCUUUUUGAUUUGGUGUCUUCUUUCGAUUGAGAAGCCUCAAAUUACUUGUACAAUUUUAUAUUCACCAAUAUAAAUUUGGAAAGGUAAAACUAACUCUUUGUGUCUUUCCAAAAUAACUAAUAUAUAAAAAGAUGGCUACAU